AAGGCUAUCGCAGGCACUCCCAGCACCAGUUGCUAACCAGCCUGCCCACUCUCCUCCCUGCCUGCUGCUGGCUGCCUUGAAUGCCUGGUUCCCCAAGCUCCUUGUGGGUCUGACAAAGCAGGGACCAUGUCUACCUUUGGCUACAGGAGAGGACUUAGCAAAUAUGAAUCCAUCGAUGAGGACGAACUCCUGGCUUCCCUGUCAGCCGAGGAGCUGAAGGAGCUAGAGAGGGAGCUGGACGACAUUGAACCUGAUCACAGCCUCCCGGUGGGGAUGAGGCAAAAGAGUCUGACCGAGAAAACCCCCACAGGGACAUUCAGCAGAGAGGCGCUGAUGGCCUAUUGGGAAAAGGAGUCCCAGAAACUCUUGGAGAAGGAGAGGCUGGGGGAGUGUGGAAAGGUUGCAGAAGAGGACAAAGAGGAGAGUGAGGAAGAGCUUGUCUUUACAGAAUGUAACAGUGAGGUUUCUGAGGAUGUGUACACGGAAGAGGAGGAGGAGGACGAGGACGACGAGGAGGAGGACAGCGAAGGAGAGGAAAGAACAGGUGCAAACGCGGAAGGGAUGAACGGAGCUGUGCAUUCCGAUAGUGUCCAUUCUGACAACGCGAGGCCAAAGACGUUUAAAAGUCAAAUCGAAAACAUACAUCUGACUAACGGCCACAGUGGAAGGAACACGGAGUCCCCCCCGGCUGCCAUUCACCCCUGCGGGAACCCCACAGUGAUCGAGGAUGCUCUGGAAAAGAUUAAAAACAACGACCCCGACACCACGGAAGUCAAUCUGAACAACAUCGAGAACAUCACUUCGCAGACGCUCGCCCGCUUCGCCGAGGCCCUCAAGGCCAACACGGUGGUGAAGACCUUCAGCCUGGCCAACACGCGCGCCGACGACAGCGCGGCCACGGCCAUCGCGGACAUGCUCCGGGUCAACCGGCACAUCACCAGCAUCAACAUCGAGUCCAACUUCAUCACGGGCAAGGGCAUCCUGGCCAUCAUGAGGGCGCUGCAGCACAACACCGUGCUCACUGAGCUGCGCUUCCACAACCAGAGGCACAUCAUGGGCAGCCAGGUGGAGAUGGAGAUCGUCAAGCUGCUAAGGGAGAACACCACGCUCCUGAGGCUGGGCUACCAUUUCGAGCUGCCAGGACCAAGAAUGAGCAUGACCAGCCUCUUGACCAGAAACAUGGAUAAGCAGCGGCAGAAGCGGAUGCAGGAGCAGAAACAGCAGGAGGGAUACGACGGAGGAGCCAAUCUUAGGACCAAAGUCUGGCAGAGAGGCACGCCAGGCUCUUCACCGUACGCGUCUCCCAAGCACUCCCCCUGGUCGUCCCCCAAACUCCCCAAGAAAGUCCAAACUGUGAGGAGCCGCCCUCCGUCUCCGGCGGCCCCGCCCCCGCCUCCGCCUCCGCCCCCUCCCCCUCCUCCACCCCCACCGCCACCCCCUCUUGCUCCCCAAAGGCUGCCACCCCCGCCUCCGCCUCCCCCGCCUCCGCCCCCAGAGAAGAAGCUCAUCACCCGCAACAUUGCGGAAGUCAUCAAACAGCAGGAGAGUGCCCAGCGGGCAUUACAAAACGGACAGAAAAAGAAAAAAGGGAAAAAGGCUAAGAAACAGCCAAACAAUAUCCUAAAGGAAAUUAAAAAUUCCCUGAGGUCGGUGCAGGAGAAGAAAAUGGAAGACAGUUCCCGACCUUCUACCCCACAGAGAUCAGCUCACGAGAAUCUCAUGGAAGCUAUUCGGGGAAGCAGCAUAAAACAGCUAAGGCGGGUGGAAGUUCCAGAAGCUCUGCGAUAAAAGCCUGAUUUUUAGAAGAGGAUGCAGAAUUAUUCAGUUGGUAUUAGAUAAAAUGUAUUGUGAGAUGUUUCUAAAAUACCUUCUUCAAUUUGAGAUGUUCUCCGACUUUAAAAAUAGCCUCACCCAUUAAUUCCAAGAGAAUGUUAAGAAACUACCGGCAUGUUUCUUCUGUAAAUAUGAAAAUAAACUUCUUUUUUAUGUCAUGA